UUUUCGUUAUCGCUGGCAGUUUCCUGUGGGAGAGCAAAUUCUCAUCAAAUUCUUGUAGAAUACGCACUUCCGUCAGUCAGCAAUAGCCAAUUUUUGCUCAACAUUCAACGCUAGUGAAGCUGUGCUCAAGAUUCAAAGACCAGUGGAGAUAAGGACUUGAUACUGUGUUGUGUUGAGUACAGUGAGAACGAAUUCUCAUUGCGUGUCAUUAAAGCUUUGUGUGAUUGUCAUUAAAUGAUAAUUCAGAAUGGCAACUCCCAGGGACCAUAGCAGGCCAGGAGUCAUUGUAUUAGGCGGAUGUGGCUUCAUUGGGCGGAAUCUUGUGGCUUACCUGAUUGAAAAUGAGCUGGUCUCUUUUCUGCGAGUCAUUGAUAAAGUACCUCCACAAACAGCCUGGCUCAAUGAUAAACAUCGAAAAAAUUUUGAAAAUCCUCUAGUCGAAUUUCGAAGUGCUAACCUCAUUAAUUCAGGUUCUUACCAAAAUGCAUUUGCUUGUGAUGAACCCAUCGAUUUUGUAUUCAACUGCGCUGGAGAGACUAAAAGUGGUCAAACCGAUCCCGUUUACAAGGAGGGCAUCUAUAAAUUGAGCAUGAAUUGUGCUCAGCAAGCUGCCAAACUCGGGGUUAAAAGAUAUGUAGAGAUAUCCGCUGGGAACAUGAGCUCAUCUGAAAAGGCGCCAUUGAAAGAGGACGAGACCCCGGAUCCCUGGACGUACGUUGCAAAAUACAAGCUGCAAGUAGAAAAUGACUUGAAGAAAAUUCCGGAUUUAAAGUACACCAUCCUGAGACCAGCAAUAAUAUACGGACCAGGGGAUAAAAAUGGACUGGUACCUCGUCUAGUCGUUGGUGCUGUUUACAAACACCUUGGCGAAAUGAUGAAGCUCCUUUGGGGACCAGACCUCCACAUGAACACUGUUCACGUCCGGGACCUUGUUCGAGCAAUAUGGCAUGUGGCUAACAGAGAUGACACUAUUGGUCAGACGUACAAUGUAGUCGACGAAGCCGAUUCGACACAGGGAUCAAUAAGUGCCAUUGUUUCAGAGAUAUUUAAUAUCAAUCAUGAUUAUUGGGGGACUGCAUUAUCCACUUUGGCUAAAACGGAUAUGAAUUCUGUAGUCGAAGAAGUGAAUGAUAAGCACAUGGGGCCGUGGGCGGAAGUCUGCAAUCAGGAUGGAAUACAGAAUAGUCCUUUGUCACCGUACAUCGAUCAAGAAUUACUUUAUAAUAAACAUCUCUACUUGGAAGUUGGAAAACUAGCCAAUACCGGGUUCACCUAUGACUAUCCUAAGCCGACGACAGCAGCUCUCAAAGAGGUUUUGGAGGAUUAUGCAUCGAUGAAAGUCUUCCCCCGUUCCUUGAUUCUGUGAAGGAUCCACUUGGGGAACCAUCACCAAGAUCCAGUCCAUUGCCACAUGGAAAUGAGUAGAAAAAAUUCACUUCGUGCCUAAUUAUACAGAAGAAUAUUUAAAUUUUAAUGCCUACAAUGUGGCCGUUCGGCGUAUUUUGAAGCUCUUUGCUAAAUUUUAAAAUCGUCACGUUUGAAAAAAUUUAAUCGAAAUACCUACCGAAUUUGCCAGACAAUUCUAUUGAAUUUUCUGUAGA